CAGGCAGUUCAGGCGAUAGCAGAAUUACAGAUCAAUCGAAAAGCUCUUUACAGUUAUUUAGCCUGGCUAACGUUAGCUUCCCGAGUAGUUCAUAUCAUGCGCAACUGUGUCAAAUAGGAAAACCUCAAAAAAGCUUCUGCAGUUUUUAUUCUACAUUUGACAUCUGCUGUAGGUCUGAAAUGUUGUUGUCCACGUGGAAUUUCCUCAAGCGUCAUAAAAGAAAAUUUAUAUUCGCCGGGGCUUUCGUCGGAGGUGUGUAUAUUUUGGGCAAGUAUGCACAGUGGAAAAUCAGAGAGAUACAAGAGCGCGAAGCAGCGGAGUACAUCGCCCAAGCAAGACGUCAGUAUCACUUCGAAAGUAACCAGAGAACGUGUAACAUGACAGUUUUAUCGAUGCUCCCCACUCUGAGAGAAGCCAUCAUACAAAAUCUAAACUCAGAGAGCCUCACGACACUACUUAAGAACAGGCCAGCCAACAAGCUGGAGAUCUGGGAGGACCUGAAGAUAAUAAGUUUCACAAGAAGCAUAGUGGCUGUGUACAGCACAUGCAUGUUGAUAGUCCUUCUCCGUGUCCAACUCAACAUCAUCGGUGGUUACCUGUACUUGGAUAACUCCAUCAGCAAGAAUGGAAUGACCCCCCAGGCUCCCCCUGAUGUCCAACAGCAGUACCUCUCCAGCAUCCAGCAUCUCCUGGGGGACGGGUUACAUGAGCUAAUGACUGUGGUGAAGCAGGCCGUACGUGAAGUCCUGGGCGGGGUCUCGUUGAAACAGAGCCUAUCACUGCAGGAGCUGGAGCAGCACCUGGACCAGGUCCGGGCACACGUGGAGGAGGGCUGCAUGGCCUCCCCCCGCAAGCCUCUGUCCUGCUACAUGAUGUCGGACGAGGAGACCACACUGGCUUCCCAGGCCUGUGGUCUGACGGAGAAUGAUGUCGCCACGAUAAAGCUGCUGAAUGAGACCAGAGAUAUGCUGGAAAGCCCUGACUUCCACACCGUUCUUCACACCUGCCUGAGCAGAGGUUUCAGCCGUUUCCUGGACAACAUGGCCGAGUUCUUCCGCCCCCAGCAAGGAGACGCCGCCCACAGCACGCUUGAUAGCCUAAGUCACGUCAGUCUCCCGCUUGCCAAAAUUAUCCCCAUUGUCAAUGGACAAAUAAACUCAAUAUGCAGCGAGAUACCAAGUCACUUUGUUCAGGACCUGCUGAUGAUCGAACAGGUGAAGGAGUUUUCCGCAAACGUGUACGAAGCGUUCAGCGCCCCGAACGAACGGCAGAAAUGACCACCGGGCCCCGGCAACAGCGAAGGGCGGGAAACGGGCGUGUCCGUAACAUUCCUGACCGGUCUCCUCAACACGGGGCAGGGCCUUCUGUGAUUUACGCUUUUGGGUAAAAUUCGGAAAACCUGCUUUGUGGGGACAUUCAAGGCAAAGACCCAUUGGACCUCCUGGCCCUCACUGUAGAUUUGGUUGAAGUUACCAUGUCAUGCCCUUGGAUAGAGGAAUGUCCUCUGCAGAGUGGUGCCUCUAAACGGCUGAUGUCACCGGCUGGGUGGAGACCCCCAUGCUGAAGGUACACUGAAUACAGAGAACCCUUCUGCCCUGUUUUGUGUUCUUUUUUUAUUACUGUUAUUUUGGAACCAGGACACACUUCAGAUGUUCAGUAAAGCUUACCUUCCUGAUGUUGGUCCUCGCCUCAUAAUGGCUAGCUGCUAGCUCUGCUGCUUUUGUCGUUUGCGGAAACAGACACCAGAAAGCUACUUUCCUAUUCCCCCACAGGCGGUGUUCGUAUACACUACAGCGCUGUUUCUCAACUCCAGUCCUCGGGACCCGCUUGACAGACGUUUUUGUUGUAACCAGAAACUCACGCCUGAUCAAGGACAUUCUUGGUGGUUUGAUUGGUCUGGGCAUUAAAUCAGGUGUGUGAGUUCCUGGUUGCAACAAAAGCCUUCUGGCAAGCGGGUCCCAAGGCCUGGAGUUGAUAAACACUGCACUACAGCAUUCUGUGGAGUGGUUCAGGUGUUGAAUCUGCCGUGGUGCUAGGCUGCUGUGAUGGGAUCUGGUUGAAUUUGCGCAUCAUUUGCACACAUUGUUAAUGCUGCGUGUUGAUUUUUGACACGUUAAGCUCAGCUAGUCAACCUAGGACCACUGGUAUAACAUCUUCUACCAUGACGUACAGUAAGUAUAUUUGAUGUAAGUUGUACGUUGGUAUAGAGCAUUGUGUAGAACAUCUAUCUUUUCGUACAGCCUUUUGACUUUUCCUUGAUAUUAGCCUCGCUACACAUCAGUUGCGCUAUAUCUGCCAGUCUGAGAUGGGGUGUAUUGUCAUGGAAUGAAAAAGCAUGAUUAGCCCCUGCGAAUGGUUUCCAUUUGUUACUGGAUGAGGUCAGUUGGCAAGUUUUCAUUUUUUCCCCUGCAUUUCUUACUGUGGCUGUCAUUAUGUAAGAGAGGUUUCUUGCAGCAGUUAAAUCUGUUAGCAUUCUGUGAUGCACUGCAUUACAAAUUCCUUCAGGCAUUGAUUUUGAGCUUCUUUUUUUUAAACAUGUGAAAGUACAUUUUAGCAUAAUAUGAUGUAUUGAAUAUGAAUAAAAACCAGAUUUCAAUGAGAAUCUUAGUUACAUUUCUGAAAUAUGAAUGCAUGUUUCAGAAAAAUAGAAGGAACAUGAUGAUUAUGUCACAGAUAUGUACAUCUGUUGUUUUAAAACGUGUCACUUUUCUUUAGCUUUCAUAUUAGCUCAUGUUAUUUGACACAAUAAACCCACCUUCAGUAAGAAUACCUUCAAAAUAAUAAUUUUUUUGGUUUUAUCGUUCUAUGUUUUCAGGCAUGACUGACAUGACAGUGCAAAUUUCGUAAAGAGCAGUGAUCCUCGCUCCUGGUCUUGGAGAGCCACAGGGUGUGCUGGCUUUUGUUGUUACUCUGCACUUAAUUGAUCAAUUAAAAACAUGAAUUGCACAGUGAACUCGCCUCACCUGGUUUCUUGGGUCUGAGUCGGUUGCUGAUAUUAAGGUGAAAACCAAAACCAGCACACCCUGCGGCUCUCCAGGACCAGGAGUGAGGACCACUGGCCUAGUGUAUGGAAAGUCGAGGGGGUCUCAGUCAUGCUUACAAGGCCUCAUUCAAUAAAAGGAGCUUAAUAUCACCCCAAAUAGAAUGUGGAAAAAUGCAUAUGAUAUUUCACCGAUUAUUGUUUGUAAUUGGUGCCUGUAAUUAAUAAAUAUUCCAUUUUAAACUA